AUGUUGAUUCUUACGCCAUUAAUAUAUUAUAAUAUGGACUCUUUUAGAGAUGUAAUCUCGGAUUUAGUAGAAUCUAAUGUGGGGAAGAUUAUACUGGUAUUUUCCCUGGCAGUUAAGAGCCAGGCAAUGAGGGCUAGGUCGAUAAUAAAAGAAAAUGGGAUUCAAAUUGAAAUUUGCGAGUUAUGUGAAUCAGAUGCAGACGCAUUAAGCUCGAUUCUUUUGCAAAUGAAGUCAUAUAAACCUGAUUGUAUAAUAGGUAUGGGGGGAGGACAUUGUAUGGACAUAGCAAAGGUACUGAGAGUCUUGUAUGAGGACCCGGGGACAACUUUACGUUCACUUGCAAUGGGGACUAACAAUAACGACGAAGAGAAGAGUUUAAAGAAGGCAAUGAUACACAGAAGGGGAAGUUUAAUAAAGAAGUUGGUUUGUAUUCCAACAACAUGUGGCUCCGGAUCUGAAGUGACAUCCACAGCAGUUUUAAGGAAUGAUGAUGGGAGGCAAAUGAUAGUUUCAGGCGUGGCAUUCUUACCUGAUAUAUCGAUAGUGGACUCAAGCUUUAUCUUAACGAUUCCAAUGUUUGUGGCUUCCAUUACAGGUUUGAGAGCUCUUCUUCAUGGUUUGGAGUCUUAUAUUAGCAAUUCCUCGAACCAUUAUUCGUCAUGUAUGGCAAUGCAAUCAUUAAAAAUUUUGUUUGAUAGUUUGACUAAGGCUAUAAUUGAGAAGGAUACCCGUUUGUUACAGGAUAUUCAUAAGGCAGCCUCAAUCUCUGGAGUUGCAAUUUCGGCAACUGAUGUAGGUCUUGGUUCAAUAAUAUCCAGAAGUAUCUCUGAAGUAUUCACGCUGCCUCAUGGACUUAUUGACAGUAUUGUAAUUACUCAAGUACUCAACUUUAACAUAAGCAGAAGCCAGAAGGUUGAAUCUUUAAUUGCAAAUCUUUCGGUUGAUCUUGGAAUAAGCAGCCCAAAGAACUCGGCUUCUAUUAGAGCCCAAGCACUUUUAGACAGAAUUAAAGAAAUAAGAAAGGCUCUGUUACUUCCAGAUUAUCUAAGGUGUAUUCAUUCUUCAUUAUCUGAAUUCAAGUCUAAAGGGUGGUUUGAUCCAAUGAAUUUAAAGCUUCCCACUUUCUCGGAGUCAGAAUCUACUAAUACUAAUUUUUUAAUAAACCGCACAUCUGGGCCAUUAGGAUCUAAUAAGAAAACUGAUUAUUAUGUUUCAGAAGAUUGUGCAUUGAAAGCAAUACCCAUUCUAAGUAAGAAGAACGUAAUGGAAAACUUGAACGCCAAUACUUUUCAAAUGAACUUGGAUAGGAUGGUUUCUAGAGCUUUGAGUGAUGGAGCCAUUCGUACAAAUCCUGUAGCUGUGACAAAAGAAGAUUUAGUUGCAAUUCUAAAAGAGUCUUGGGGUUGA